AUGUCUUCCAAGAAGAAGGGUACCAAAAGAGAAAAGAACCAUCAUAGUUCUAAAAUAGUGGAUGCUAAUGAACCAGUUAACGAUCCAUUCUAUGCAUCACCACUUUAUGAUUUCCUAGCCCCUUUUAGACCAGCAGGAAGCCAGUGGCUUACACAUUAUGUUAUUAUAAUAUUUGCGUUGAUUAUUCGUCUUGCAAUCGGGUUAGGACCUUAUUCUGGUAUGAAUACACCUCCGAUGUUCGGUGACUUUGAAGCUCAAAGACAUUGGAUGGAAAUUACUCAGCAUUUGCCGAUAUCAGAAUGGUACUGGUUUGAUUUACAAUACUGGGGUCUGGAUUAUCCACCUUUAACCGCGUUCCAUUCUUAUAUUUUAGGUAAGAUUGGUACAUUCAUUUAUCCAGCAUGGUUUGCAUUGAACGAAUCUCGUGGAUAUGAAGAAGAUGGGAUCAAAACGUUUAUGAGGUUAACUGUAGUUCUAAGUGAUAUUAUUUUCUACAUUCCAGCCGUCGUGUAUUUUACAAAAUGGGUUGGAAGACACAGAAACCAAUCACCUGUAAGUCAAUAUAUUGCUGCUGCUGCUAUUUUGUUCCAACCAUCUCUGAUGUUAAUUGAUCAUGGUCAUUUUCAAUAUAACUCUGUGAUGUUGGGUUUAACUAUUUACACUAUUAAUAAUUUACUAGAUGGAUUUUACUCAAUGGCCGCAGUUUGUUUUGUUUGGUCUAUAUGUUUUAAGCAAAUGUCUCUAUAUUACGCUCCAGUGUUCUUCGCAUAUUUGUUAAGUAAAUCAUUAUUCUUUCCAAAGUGGUUCAACAUUUCAAGAUUCAUUGGUAUAGCUAUAGCAACAGUCUUAGCAUUUGUCUCUGUAUUCGGACCAUUAUACUUAUUUGGAGGAAGAAUUACAAAUGUUCGACAGUGUAUUAGUCGUAUUUUUCCCUUUGCGAGAGGUAUAUUUGAAGAUAAAGUCGCCAAUUUCUGGUGUGUUGGGAAUUUGUUCAUAAAGUUCAAAACAUUGUAUACUCAAGAACAACUACAGUUAUACUCAUUAGUUUUGACGGUGGCCGGUUUCUUGCCAGCAUUUUUGAUGAGUUUGUUAUACCCAAAGAAACAUUUACUACCUUAUUCCCUGACAACCUGUGCCAUGUCAUUUUUCCUGUUCAGUUUCCAAGUUCAUGAAAAGACCAUAUUAGUGCCUUUACUGCCAGUUACUUUACUAUACACAUCUAAUGAUAGAAAUGUUCUAUCUUUUGUUUGUUGGAUAAAUAAUGUCUCUUUAUUUACACUGUGGCCAUUGCUAAAAAAGGAUCACCUAUCUUUGCAAUACAGCACCUGUUUCAUAAUGUGUAAUUGGUUGUUAGGUAAUUUUAGUUUCAUUACACCAAGAUUUUUACCACGUUUCUUGACUCCAGGUCCACCGGUUAGUGAUACCGAUAAGAAUUACCGUCGCAGAAGUCUACUACCAAACAACAUCCUGUGGAAAUUGAUUAUAGUCUGUUCUUACAUAGCAAUGUUUGCUAUCCACAUUGGUGAUCGUUUCAUAGAACCACCAAAACAAUAUCCAGACUUAUGGGUGAUCCUAAACUGUGUCGUUGGCUUUGGUUGCUUCGUUAUGUUUUGGUUGUGGGCUUACUACAAAUUAUUUACUCUAAGAAACAAGACUAUACAAGCAUUGUGA